AUGAUAGAACCCUCUGAAGACUCAUUUGAGACGAUGAUGGAGCUUAAGAAUCCAUCAUCAAAACAAAUGGAGUCCUCCGAGGGCUCAUCCAACAACACCACCGUGGAGACCCAGGGCAGUGGCGAGCAGGCGGAGGGGGCAGGGCCCGCUAGCAGCCCUGCCCAGGAAAGAGAGGAGCCACCCAGUGGCCCACUCCAGGAAAUGGAAGAGCCGCCUAUUGAUCUACUCCAAGACAUGGAGGAGCCAUCCAGUGGCCCACAUAGGGAAACAGAGGAUCCACCCAAUGACCUACUCCAAGACCUGGAGGAGUCAUGCAACGGUGAUUCUCACCAGGCGCUGGAGGACCCGCUCUCGGAAGAAUCUGAGGAAACGGAAGAAGGAGCGGUUAGCCCUCUGGAGUCCCAGGAAGAGCAAGAAGACACCACUGACCUGAAGGACUCGGAGGAGGAGGAGGAGGACAGCCCCGAGGAAGAGAGCCCGAUGGAGGCGUCUCCCGAAGAAGUGCUGGCCAUGAUGAGGUCCAUCAUCUCGCUCUUCUUCCGCAUCCACGACCUCAACGAACAGCAGAGGGUGGCAGAAGAGAUCUUAGCAAGAGGGAUCAACGCCGGCCAGCUGCCCACCCCGAGGAGCUUCUCGGGCGACCGCCGAGAGUACCGCGAGUUCAUUGUGCUCUGCCAACUGAUCCUACAAACCUACCCGAGAAUGUUCUACAGCGACCACCUGCGAGUGAGAUACGUCAUCUCCCACCUCUCUGGGCUAGCCUUGGAAUGGGCUGAAGCCCUGAUACAGCAAAACAGCCCCGUGCUGGAAGACUUCCCAGCCUUCCUGGAGGCCAUGUCGCAGGUGUUCGAGUACCGGCACGCUCUGCGCGUGGCAGAAGACGCCAUGUUCAACAUCAGGCAGGGCAAUCGCUGCGCCACCGACUACAUCAACGAGUUCCAGAGCCUGGUACCCACCUUGCGCUGGCCGGACGAAGUGCUGCAGGCCCAUCUGUGCCAGGGGCUCAACGAGGACAUCCGCCAUUACCUCUUCCGGGUCCCUCAGCCGGAUUCCCUGGACAGCCUGGUGGUGCUCAUCCUGCAAAUAGAAGACAAGCUGGCGGAGAGAAGGGCCAUGCUGCGGCUGCCCCCCGAGGCCCGCCCGCGGAACCUGACCUGGAUCGACUCACCUGCCCCCGAGAGGUGGUCCGUCAGCAGCUGGCUGCCCACCGACUUCCACCCCGGCCUCCACCGCGCCCACCUCUUCCUGCUGCUCCUGGUGCGGGUGACCCCUUACCACAGCGUGGCGGUCCAGGCCCUGGUGGACUCCGGGGCGGAAGGCAACUUCAUGGAUGAGAAGUUUGCCCAAGAACACUACAUCGAGCUGUACGAGAAGCCCUACCCGCAGAUGGUCCAGACCGUGGACGGCUCCCUGAUCGGCAACGCGCCCAUCUGGCUCUACACCGAACGCCUGGUGUGCCUUCACCAGAACCACCAGGAGUCCAUCGAGUUCGACAUCGUACCUUCGCCCAACUUCUCCGUGGUCCUAGGCAUCAACUGGCUGCGCCUCCACGCCCCCGAGGUGGACUGGGCGCGAGGCCGCUGCACCUUCCACUCUCCCUACUGCCUGAAACACUGCUUCCGCCCGGCCCCGCCAUGCAUCGCCCUGGAGAAGCACCACAUCAGCCUGCUCCCCGGACUGCCGCACCCCUACUCAGACCUGGCCGACGUGUUUAACCCGAAGGAAGCAGAUGAUGAGACUUCCGACCAGCCAAGCUCAGACGGAUCCGAUGAUCUUUCUGAAUCAGAGCCCUCUGAGCUUCAGCAGGCUGGAGACAGUGAUCGUGCCGACGUCUUCUUCGAGUGCCGCUCCUCCGCACCCUGGGUGCCUAUAGGUCUCAGGGUGCAAGAAGAAGCCAGGCAGCAAGCUGAUUUCUGGAGGCUACAGAGCAUGCUGAGCGACACACAGGACUAUGUACAGAUCAUUCCGGAACUGUUUGACCAGUUACACGGAGCGACGUGGUUCACAAAGCUAGAGCUGCGGGGGAACGUCGUGGAGGAGAGCCUGAGCAUUCGGGGCACGGAGGAGGUAUGGAAAGCGGCGUUCGGCCUGCAGCCCCAGGACAUGAAGAGCUACCAGCCCUUCCGGAUCUCACCCAACCCUUGCAUCCCCCAGCGCGUGAUUCACUUCAUCCUCCAGGACAUGCUAGGCCUGUGCGUCCUCUCCUACGGCCCGGAGGUCCUGGUCUACUCUAUGAGCCAGGAGGAACACUUCCAGCACGUCCGCCAAGUCCUCGUCCGCUUCCGCUACCACCACAUCUACUGCUCGCUGAACAAGAGCCAGUUCCACCGGCACUCGGCCGAGAUCCUCGGCUUCACCUUGUGCCCCAAGGGGGUGAAACUCAACAAGACCGUCAUGGACAUCAUCACGGACUACCCCAUCCCCGCCUCCAUGACCUCCCUGAGUCUCCUGAUGCAACACAUGUACCCCUACCGGCACUUCGUGGAGCACUUUGUCAUCAUCGCCGAGCCCCUCAUCCGGAAGCUGCUGCGCAACGCGCGCUUCACCUGGGGGGAGGAAGACCAGGAGGCCUUCGAGGGGCUCAAGAGGGCUUUCCGCAAGGCGCCCCGGCUCUACUACCCCAGGCCUCAGAACCCCUUCUACUUGGAAACGGGCGUCACGCGGGACGCCCUGUACGCCUCCUUGAUUCAAGUCGACGAGCAGACGGGCAGGAAGAUCACCUGCGCGUUCUACUCCCGCAACCUCUCCCCGCUGGAGGUGGAGUACCCUCCCGUUGAGAUGAAGAUCCUUUCGAUCAGGGCUGCCUUCAUGGUGUGGUGCCGCUACCUGGAGAACACCGAGGAGCCUAUCAUGAUCCUUCUCAACACCGAGGAUCUGGCCUCUCUGAAUAAUGACAGGCUCACCGUACUUCUCCCCGGCCACUGGGUCUUCUUCUUCUCCCACUUCCGCUUCGACGUGGCGGAGAUGCCGGAGGAUGACGGCAGCCCGUCCCUCACGGGGAGGAGCCGCGGCUGGAGAGCUCUGGGCGGCGGCCGCUCGCUGAGGCCGCUGUUGCUCCUGGCCAUGAGGAGCUCGCUUCGGAAUCGCUCCUCCGAUUCCGAGUCGGACAGUGACGAGGACUCAGAAGAGGAUCUGCUCAACCAGCAGACCCUCAUCCAAGAGCUCUUGUCUAUGAUACCGAUUGACCAGAUCCUCAACAGCUUCCUCGCCCACUUCAGCAUGGCCCAGAUCCGGGCCGUCAUCCUCCAUUUCUUCCGCGGCCUGCUCUACUGGAAGAACCUCGUCGCCCUAUCGGCCCUGCUGGUGCUGCUCCGGGUGAGGCGGCAGCUCUCCCUGCCGCCGGCGCGCGCCAUGGAGGCGGCGUGGCCCCCGCCGCGGCCCUCGCUGCGGCUCAUCCUGGACUCCUCCCUCGUGGCGGGGAGCGGCAUGGCCUCCGCCAUCGCGCAGCUGCUGGGUCAGAUGCCCCCUCUGGUGGGCGCCAACACCGUCCCCGCUCAGGAGCUGGCGGAGCUCUUCCUGGGCCCCGGGCGCUGGCAGCGGAAUGCCCUGCACAGCCAGGUCCCCCGAGGACUCUGGUUCACCCCUGGCUUCUGGCUGACGCUGUGCGCGUGCUUUGGGGUGAGGGUCACCCCCCUGGCGGGCGACCGCCCCAUCCCGCUCCGGAGCCGCCCCUUGGAGCUGCGCGUGGUCGGCGACGAGGAUGUCGUCUUGCGAGAGGCCCUGCAAGACGACCUGCAAAGUUACCGACAGUGUGGCCUGCAUGACGGCCUGCAAGACACCUCGCAGGACGAACAGCAGGUCAGCGACGAGGAGGAGCGGGAGUCCCCGCCCCCCGAGGGCGCGGCCGGCGCCCCGCCCCUCCGCCCGCGCAGCCUCAUGGACCCCGAGGUCCUGGACUUCCUCAGUAACCGCCUGCUCUACGUCCGGGGCGCCGACGGCCGGCUCCACCUGCUCGACCGGGAGCAGGUGGCCCGGGCCCUGACCCGGUUCCUCACCAUGGUCUACACCGGGACCCUGCCCGCGCCGGCCUCGGGGGCCGCUCCCAGGGAAGGGGCGAGGCUGGAGGAACUGCCCCACGACGGGGACGAGGACCUGGACUGA